AAGCUGCUCAGUGCGCUUCAGCCGGACUCCACACGGAGCUUCAUUUUCUGUCUGUACACGCUGAGCCAGCGCUUUAUUUCAAAUGAAGCGUCCUCUCAUUCCGCUAAUAAGUUUUUACACGUGAUAUAACAGCUAUCUUCGCCAUGAGCUGCUUGGAUGUCAUGUAUCAAGUUUAUGGUCCACCUCAACCUUAUUUUGCCGCAGCAUACACACCAUAUCACCAUCAGAAAUUGGCAUUUUACUCCAAAAUGCAAGAAUCCACAGAAACACUGAGCGGAAGCAGCUCUUCUUUUUCCAACCUUUCCGGGCCAUCCAUAAAAGAGGAGGACUGUGCCCGGGAGAAAGAUCACCCGCCGGAGGCUGAAUACAUCAGCUCCAGAUGUGUGCUAUUCACUUAUUUCCAAGGGGACAUCAGUUCGGUGGUGGAUGAACAUUUCAGUCGGGCUUUGAGUCAGUCUAGUAGUUGUGCAACUGGUUCCACCAUCAGCAAGACAGCAAGAGGCACAUCAUCCUGGAGAGAUGGAUCAUUCCCUAUGAUCCAGAGAAGCUUCCCUCCCUCGUUCUGGAACAGCGCGUAUCAGCCGUCAGUGACAGCAUCUCUCGGCAGCGCCCUGGGUUCCUCCCACACAGAUCUUCCCUUCCCGCCGGACCCGUACUCCAACGCGUCUCUACACAGCCACCUUCACCAAGCCACCCCAGAGCCCUGGCACCCCUCUCACCACCAUCACCCUUACUCGCUCAGCGGAGCCAUCGGCACCCAGGGAUCUGCUUACCCCCGGCCCUCUAUGCACGACAUGUACGGAACACACUUUGACCCCCGUUACAGCUCUCUGCUCGUGCCCUCGGUGCGGCCGCAUAGACUUCCUCCAGCCACGGUUCCCACACCUGGAGCCUCUCCGUGUGAUAUCAGCAAGAGUGAACCGGGAAGCUCGACGUGGACCGGAGCUUUCACAGCGGCGAGCUCUGAUAUGAGCCUGAACAUGGAUACAGGUCUACAGAGCCAGGAUAAAAGCAAGGACUUGGUCUGGUUUUAGUGCCCUGUGGCUGCUUCUUUCUCCGCUGGCUUGUUUUUCUGUGGCUUUAGUGUAACAGAUUCUCAUCUCACUUGCAGCUCGGCGCUACACCCUCUGCAGCGGGACCAUCCUAAGCUGAACCCUUCGGAUGAAUGCAAAACUCUCUCUCUCUCGAUUAAGACAAGACAGUAAAGAGAAGCAAACAUACUUUAGUGAUGUGACUAGCAGCUGCUCUGGCACUGACCCUCAGCAAAACGGACCCAAACUGAGCUUUGAGAAAGGACAAACAUUACUUUAAGGGGACAUUUGAGAGCAGAAAAGAU